GCUCGCUCACAUUCAAUGUUUUAACCGCUUAUCGAUUCAUGCGCGUUCUGGCUUCUGCGGAGAUUCGGCUUUUAGUUUAGCGCGCUGAUGCUGAAGCGUGUUAUUGAGGGCGGAACUAUCGGUGUUCAUCAACAACAACAUGAAUCCUAACACUAAAUAAAUGGUUACUGGUCACGGGAGUUGGGGAAAGCUACUUUGGUGACGGUCACCGGCGCUUAAAAUCCCUAGACGGGGGAAGAGAGAAACGCGACGCGGAGUUUUAUGCGUUCAUUUGACAGGUGGACCGAUGCCACCCGUUCAGAGAACUAUGUCGGAUCUCCGGACCCGAGCCGAAGGUUAUGAAAAGACAGAAGACACGUCGGAAAAGACUUCUUUAGCAGACCAGGAAGAUUCCAGGCUCAUUUUCAUCAAUCAGCCCCAGUUUACCAAGUUCUGCAGUAAUCGUGUCAGCACUGCGAAGUACAAUGUCCUCACGUUCCUGCCUCGGUUCCUGUACUCUCAGUUCAGAAGAGCAGCAAACUCCUUUUUCCUGUUCAUCGCACUUCUGCAACAAAUCCCUGAUGUGUCGCCAACAGGGAGGUGGACAACACUGGUGCCGUUACUCUUCAUCUUGGUGGUGGCAGCAGUGAAGGAGAUUAUAGAAGACCUGAAACGCCACAAUGCUGAUAGUGUUGUUAACAAGAAAGAGACACAAGUAUUGAGGAACGGCGCUUGGGAGAUUGUACAUUGGGAGAAGGUGUCGGUAGGGGAGGUAGUCCGAGCAGCCAAUGGAGAUCACCUCCCGGCCGACCUCAUCAUUCUGUCGUCCAGUGAACCUCAAGGAAUGUGCUACAUUGAGACCUCAAAUCUAGAUGGAGAAACUAAUCUCAAGAUCAGACAGGGUCUGCAGAUCACUGCGGACAUCAAGGACAUUGACAGUCUAAUGCGUCUCUCAGGACGGAUGGAAUGUGAGAGUCCCAACAGACACCUGUAUGAGUUUGUGGGCAAUAUUCGCCUGGAUGGACACAGCACCGUACCACUCGGUCCUGAUCAGAUCUUACUGAGAGGAGCACAACUCAGGAACACACAGUGGGUCCAUGGCAUCGUGGUCUACACAGGACACGACACCAAACUCAUGCAGAACUCCACGUUCCCCCCUCUGAAGCUUUCCAACGUAGAGCGCAUCACCAACUUUCAGAUCCUCAUGCUUUUUGGCUGUCUCUUAGCCAUUUCGUUGGUCUGCUCCAUAGGCCAGACCAUCUGGAAGUACCAAUACGGCAAUGAGGCCUGGUACAUGGACCUCAACUCUCCAGAUGGUGGAGCGGCCAACUUCGGCCUUAACUUCCUCACCUUCAUCAUCCUCUUCAACAACCUGAUUCCCAUCAGUCUCCUGGUGACUCUAGAGGUCAUCAAGUUCAUCCAGGCUUUCUUCAUCAACUGGGACACUGACAUGCUGUAUGAAGUCUCCAACACACCAGCUAUGGCCCGGACAUCAAACCUGAAUGAAGAGUUGGGACAGGUGAAGUACAUCUUUUCGGACAAGACAGGCACCCUGACCUGCAACGUCAUGCAGUUUAAGAAGUGCACAGUUGCAGGCGUGGCCUACGGUCAUGCAGCUGAAGUUGAGGAUGGUAGUUUUGCAGAGGAGGACUGUCACAGCUCUCAGUCCACAGAGGAAACUGGAUUUAAUGACCCCAGCUUACUGGAAAACCUCCAAAGUAAUCAUCCCACUGCUUCGGUCAUCCAGGAAUUCAUGACCAUGAUGGCUAUCUGUCACACGGCUGUUCCUGAGUGCACCGACAACAAGAUCACCUACCAGGCUGCAUCCCCAGAUGAAGGAGCUCUGGUUCGGGCGGCACAAAAUCUGGGCUUCGUGUUCUCUGGGAGAACUCCAGACUGUGUUAUUGUGCAGUCGCACGGAGAGGAGGAGAAAUAUGAACUGCUGCACGUUUUGGAAUUCACAAGCACCAGGAAGAGGAUGUCCGUCAUCAUGCGCACUCCAUCAGGAAAGAUCCGCCUUUACUGCAAAGGAGCUGACACAGUGAUCUAUGAGCGAUUAGCAGACAGCUCCAAAUACAAGGACAUCACCCUAAAACACCUGGAACAGUUUGCUACAGAGGGACUCCGCACAUUGUGUUUUGCUGUGGUGGACAUCUCAGAGUCAUCCUAUCAGCAGUGGCUGGAGGUUCAUCAUCGUGCUUCGACCUCUCUCCAAAACAGGGCACUCAAGAUGGAAGAAAGCUACGAACUGAUUGAAAAGAACUUGCAGUUGCUGGGGGCCACAGCGAUUGAAGACAAACUACAAGACAAAGUCCCUGAAACCAUCGAGACCCUCAUGAAAGCCGAUAUUAAGAUCUGGAUCCUGACUGGAGACAAACAGGAGACCGCCAUCAACAUAGGACACUCCUGCAAACUGCUCACGAAGAACAUGGGCCUGCUGGUGAUAAACGAGGACACCCUGGAUGGUACCAGGGAGACACUCAGCCAUCACUGCGGCAUGCUGGGAGAUGCUCUGCACAAGGAGAACGACUUCGCUCUCAUCAUCGAUGGAAAGACACUGAAGUAUGCCCUCACUUACGGGGCACGCCAGUAUUUCCUGGACUUGGCUCUUUCCUGCAAGGCUGUGAUAUGCUGCAGGGUUUCACCUCUGCAGAAGUCUGAGGUGGUUGAGAUGGUGAAGAAACAGGUGAAAGUGAUCACACUGGCCAUCGGCGAUGGAGCCAAUGAUGUGGGCAUGAUCCAGACCGCCCAUGUGGGUGUUGGCAUCUCUGGCAAUGAAGGACUGCAGGCUGCUAACUCAUCAGACUACUCUAUUGCACAGUUCAAGUACUUGAAGAAUCUUCUGUUGGUCCACGGCGCUUGGAAUUACAACCGUGUUGCCAAGUGCAUCCUGUAUUGCUUCUACAAGAACAUUGUGCUUUACAUUAUUGAGAUCUGGUUUGCAUUUGUUAACGGAUUCUCCGGUCAGAUUCUGUUCGAGCGCUGGUGCAUCGGCCUGUACAACGUGAUCUUCACUGCUUUGCCUCCUCUGACUCUGGGCAUCUUUGAACGCUCCUGCAGGAAAGAGAACAUGCUCAAAUACCCUGAACUCUACAAAACCUCCCAGAAUGCAAUGGGCUUCAACACCAAGGUCUUCUGGGCUCAUUGUCUGAACGGCCUGUUUCACUCAGUCAUCCUCUUCUGGUUUCCCCUCAAGGCUUUCCAGCACGAUACCGUCUUUGGAAACGGAAAGACACCAGACUAUCUCCUCUUAGGAAACAUGGUUUAUACAUUUGUGGUGAUCACGGUGUGUCUGAAGGCUGGGCUGGAGACGUCGUCCUGGACCAUGUUCAGCCACAUUGCCAUCUGGGGCAGCAUUGGAUUGUGGGUAGUCUUCUUUGGCAUCUACUCCUCACUAUGGCCUCUGAUUCCUCUGGCCCCGGAUAUGUCAGGAGAGGCAGAAAUGAUGUUCAGUUCAGGACUCUUCUGGAUGGGUCUGAUCUUCAUUCCCAUCACCUCUCUGGUGUUUGAUGUGGCCUACAAAGUUAUGAAAAAGGUCUGCUUUAAGACCCUGGUUGAUGAGGUGCAGGAGUUGGAGGCACUUUCGAAAGAUCCAGGAGCUGUGGUGCAUGGGAAGAGUUUGACCGAGAGAGCCCAGCUCCUGAAGAACGUCUUUAAGAAGAGCACCGUCAGUCUGUACCGGUCCGACUCCAUGCAGCAGAAUCUACUCCGUACGUCAGCGACACACAUGUGCUUCGCCACCCACAGGCACACGGACGCAGACACACCUACAUGUUCUCCACAGCGCAGCCAUCACAGACAGACUCAUGCCGAAUCACUGAUGCACACACACCCUACCAUCCCCAUGUGCAGCAUCAAAAUGCAGGUUCACUCUCAAACGCAAGGGCUUAUGGAUGUGCAACUGCAGACACUCACAGAUGUACAAAUCUGAACCAAAACCCAUGAAAAUUAGACGGCUACGCAUUCUCACAGGAUGAGAACGGAGUGCUCUCCCAGUCUGAGGUCAUCAGAGCCUAUGACACCACCAAGCAACGGACCAGUGAGUGGUGAGAUCCGGGUCGCUGGGCCCCGCCCCCUCUCAGCGGUCACUCAACUUUUUCAUGGCUGACAGAGAGCUGAAGCCUGUCAGUUUAACUUUGGCCAGCCUAGGGCACCCUGGGCAACAAUGGAUAUGAAAAAUGAAGCAGUAUUUGAGAGAGAGAGAAAAAAAAACAAGUUCUGCUGUGUUGUAGUUCUAUGUUCAACAGCAGACACAAGCACUGCUCUAGCAUAUUUUUGCCCAGCCUGCGGUCAGUAUGGUUUCUGGUCUGUCAAACAGAGGAGAACAGCAAAAAGAAUUGACUCUCCUCUCUCCUCCGCCAUUCCUUCAGCUAUGAGUGUUACAGCCAAAAAUGUGCUGUUGAUGAGGGUGGUGAUAAAGGUGUUGAGAAACAUUUGUGGUAAUGGUCUUUGACUGUGACUUCCUAAUCAUUAAUGGCACGUGAAACACUCCCUUUUGUUUUUAUAUCACAUAUGUAUUUGAUUUGUGUCAGACAACAGGACGCAUGCCAGAUAACCAGAAAUUAAGUUACAAAGAAUAUUAGAAGCGCAGUCCCUUUUUUAAAAACAAUGUUUAGAAAAUAUAAUUGUUUUUACACACCUCAGAUAACGAGUUGUUUUGACAACUUUACCCUUGGUUUCGAUUUUAUUAUUGUUCAUGUUAAAUUCUAAGCUAUCAAAGCCUUAUAUUUGUUGUUGCCUUCAGUCAUUAACAGGCAUGUUUUUUUGUUUUGUUUUUUAAGUUGUUUCGAUUUAGUUUUGCAUUUAGUUUGUUGUAUUUUAACUUUUGUUUAGCUUUGUUUUUGUAGUUAGUUUUAAGUUUAGUUUUUUUUAUUUAGUUUUGAUCAGUCAGUUUAUCGUGCCUGGUUCUUCAGAUCUUAGCUUGCAUGUAUCUACCUUUUUUUUAAACAAUUUGGCAACAUUUCAACAGCUUUUUUUGAACACGUUUCUGCAUUCCACGUCUUACACGGCUGCAAUGAUCACAAAGGUGCCUAACAGGAAUUUUUUUUCCCAGAGAGAUAGUAUUUCAGAGUCUCUAGCUAGGCAGCGUUACCGCACGCUUACACGUUAGACCAAAAUAAUGAUGUAUCAGGCUACACAGGCAAAAUGAGAGCUUUUUAAGCCACAAAUUGAACCUCGACCCCAUUUAUGCAUUCGGCUCAUCGGAAGGGGCUCGUGCGUGAAACUCUUUUAGACUAUCAGAUGUUCACCAUAACGUUUAUUUGACUUGGAAAAAAAGUGUUCAUCCCUCAAACAUAAGUGCCAUUAGCAUAGGGGAGGAACGGAGGAUUUUGCCAGACCCACACAGUAUCGAUACAACUUUGUCUCUAUAGUUAUUUAGUGAAUUUGUAUUUUUAUAUUGGAGUAAGUGUGACUUUUUGGACUGAUCUGCUUUGUAAUGAAAAUGUCGUUCCUUUUUUUUGUGGUUCCCCUUCAGAAACUGGUCGUGAUUCAUGAGCUUAAGUGACUACAAUUGUCGUAUUAACGCUUCUUUAGUUGAUGGUGGAGUUUGUGCGUUGGUUUUCUUCUCCCCGUGGGAGAGCACGUUUUGUAUCGUGCGUCUGCGCAGUGUGUGUUUGUCUGCAUGUGCAUGUGAUCUACAUUUCGGAUGCGUGCGUGACUGCGUGAGUGUUCGUGACCCCGUCAGUAUGCAUGUCUGUUUAACUAUAUUAAAGCAGCCUGAGAGACUGGAAUGAGGAUGUGUGUGACGUCCUCUGUGUUGUGUGCCGCUGCUUGUUUGGUUCGUCUGCACGACUCCAGGUAUACUAACGGUGAGCUAUAUGCCGAUGCAUGGCCCUGUACGUCAGCAGGUGUAAGUGUGUGAGCGCACGUGUGUGUCCCAUGUCUCUGUGUGUGUCGGUUUGGAUGAAGCUCUGCUAAAGCUUGACCAGAGAUGUUGCACAAUGCACUCUUUCAACUCUUUUGUGAUGAAUAUUCUCUUAUCUAGUUCAUAUCAGUUGCAGUAUUAUUUGUCUGGAUGGAUAUACCGUACAUGUUCUUCAUUUAGUUUGGGAUCUCACUGUAACUCUUUUUCUUCCAGCUGAAAUGUCUUUUAUUUAACGUGGAAAGAACACGUUUAUAGCUACUGUGCAUUUCGUUCCUUAAGCUGUGUUUUUGACCGAUCGUUGGCGUUAUGGGUCGUCAUUCAACUCGAACACUGGAAAUACGAAGUAAUGUUGGUUAAAGCUUGGACUGUUGCUUUCUAAAACCCUGUCUGUCAAAGUGAUUGAUUGCAUGAAUGGAAAAGUGGUUCUUGGUUUAGCCUAAAUGUUAAUUGUACGCUCAAUCUCCCUCUAGUGUUGGUCACUUUAAAGAAUGAAAAUGCACUUUUAUAUGGUUUCAAAUUCUCUAUUUGGUGUUUUAUUUUUUUCAAUCGGAUCUUUCGUUUAUGUCUUUUUGUUAAAUGAUUGUUUAGCAUGUUGGAACUGCAAACUUUUAAGUGUUUUGUCUCAACUGCCAUGAAAGACUACUGAAAUAAACUUUCCAACUGAAGCUCA